CUUUGCGCCUCCCCAAACGCUGCUUCCAUGGUGAGGCGCGUGUAUCAUGUCAAGUGAAGGACGGAAGGUAAGGUCACGUUGGGUAGGGUUGGAUCCGGGCGCCUCUCGGCGGAGUCUGGCCUGGUUCCGAGCUGGCACUUCACAAGGCGCUGGGGCGACGCUCGAAUCCCUCAACGUCGACUUUUCGGUCGACCUUUCAUCCCCUUCCCUACACUCACCUUUCAGCCUCAACACCGGGAAUUUGCGCACCUUCAUGCCACAACAGCACAGCUUCUGGAUACUACAGUGCGCCGGCAACGCUCCCUUUCGUUCUCAGUGGCGGGCAGGCUGAUCAGCCAUGGUGAAUGUAAAGAAUGUCGCCUUCAAAGUCAAUAAGCAGACACCAGUCUCCCAGACACCUCCCCAGGCAUAUGGCACGGUCAUCAACUGUCGAAAGCCGGGCGGCAAGCGGGCCUUCAAAGAGAUGAAGGAAGUGCGGUCGCACUCCGUCCUUCUUACCAAUGUUUCUGGCACCAAAAAGCGCAGACGAGAUCAGCGAAAGAGCGAGGAACUCCAAAGUCAGAUGAAAUUUAUCCCGUCCUCACCAGCGAACGCACAGGCUGCGCUAGCGGCUCUACGACAGGAUGACCAGCCCCUCAUCACCCAGAAGCUGAAGCAGAUCAAGCCCACUAGGUUCAGGAAGGGCAAAAUUUUAGAGAAGGGAUUCGAUCUGGACUGCUGGUUCACCAUACUAUCGUUUUCGGAUCCUGCGCAACUAUUGGAAAUGCGCCUGAAAAUCCCAUCGUGCUUUCGCUUCCUAAGGGACAACCCUAAGCUUUGGGUCCACAGCCGAAACAACUACUACGGGGACGACAUGCCAGGACCACCUUCAGGUCUGAACGAAUUCCAGUAUGCGCAUCUUCGACAUGGUCAUGGCUGCAUGGGUUGCGGUGCGCCGAGUACACGCAAGACGUACUGGGCAUUUCUUCGUCGAUGGUGUAAGACCUGCCUGCAGUCCAAGACAGUCAAGGAGCACGAUGCGUUGAUCAUCAUGCGUGCUGCAGGCGUUGACGACGUCAGUUUUCUUCGCAGAUGUCUUCCCUCUGGUGUCUUUGAUUCUUGGGGUAAUUUUGUUGGCGUUGGACCGGCCAGUACACAUUCACUUAAGACGAUCUACCUACUUUCGGAAGUGCAGAAGCUCGACAACGAAGUCCGAGACGCUGCUGCACUCUACCCGGAGACGUGGUCCGUCGAAAUACGAUCACGCAUGGCUCAGAAGUACGCUCUUGUGGACGACCGCCGCGCUUUCGCGCGGAAGAUGGAACUUUGGGAGGAAGCAAUCCGCAGCAACAAGGCCAGCGACUAUCAGGCAAAGAAGGCGGCGCGCAAGGCAUAUUUUGAACACAAAGCAUCACAACUCGAUCCGCCGAUUAGCUUGAAGGAGAUGGAAGCUUGUCCCUCCUACCGUCGUGCCAUCGCUAUCCCCAAGGAUCCCAACAACACGUCUUGGCAACAACUCAAACCAAAGCUCGAGAAGGAAGCCCUAGAGUUGAAACAUGGACGACUAUCUACUCCAGAGACACGACUAGGCACAUCGUCGGCAUCAGCUUCGGGUACCUCAACGCCGAACAGCAUGCUGGCCCCCCAGCCCUACCAGCACCCCAUACCAGGAGUACCAGCUCUUUUCUUGCCUCUGCCUCACAACCACCACCAGCACUAUCCCUAUCCGCAUCCACCUCCGUAUUGAUUCCUCGGUCAUGUCGUCACAUAGUUUUCUCAUUUGUUGUUUUUAAGGGUUCACAGUCGCAUAAUCUGGCAUGGAGUUGGUGGUUCAUAGCUUCGGCGCAAACAGACGGGGCAUUGCAUGCAUGGCGUCAAUGGGGUCAACAUUGACGAAUCCUUGGGGGAUAAUUUGGGAUGUUUCAGUUUGGUAAUUGGGUGGAAUGGUUUAUACUCACCGGCUGCCAGGCCGCAUCAAUACACAUU